AAAUCGAUAAUUUGUCAUUCACUCAAUGAGAACACGUAUGUGUCCAUAUGCAUAUGCGUGCGCCCCAAAAUUAAAGUCGGAGUUAUGUUGCUAGUCAGCAGAGGAAUUACACCAUUAGCCGCUUGACAAACGUUAUGCGUGGAAAUCGCAGUAGCAAGACGCCAGCAAAACAAGCAACAGGAGUCCCGUUGCCCGGCACAUCGAAACACAAAUUAAAAUUACUGCAAGCAUUCCGAACGCAAUAAAAUGUUGCAAAUUCUAUGCAUAUUGAUUGGCCGACUGCUGCUGAUGGGCAUCGGUGCUUAUGAGCUUCUGCAGCAGCUCUAUUAUCGACUGCAUGCGCUCGCCUCCAGGUCAUAUGACUACUGGCAAUGUGAUGAUAAGCAUGAGUUCGUUUUCAUACGUGCCGCCCUGGACAAACUGCAGAAGUUGCCGCAGCACUUGGUGCUCGUCAUCGCCCCAGACGAUUGCUAUGUAAACGAUGUGUUGCUCAAACGCGUUUUUGGCUAUGCCCAAUUUGUUGGCAUACCCUAUUUAAGUGUCUAUGAUAAGCGUACGCCCAGCACUGGUUACGUCCACCUAUCGCAACUGUGUCAAACCAUGGCCAGCGAUACCAACGACAGACACUUUCUCUGGCCGCCCAAAGAAAUCAAGGAACAAAUACAACAUCAGCACUCAAAUGGUUGUUGUAGUAAAACGGCUGUCGUCACAAAUGGCACAGUCAAUGGCUAUGCGAGCAAAGGUCCGCAUUACACUCAGCUGCAGGUUUAUCAAAUUGACAGCGCUGAUGGCCAUGCCCUCAUCGCCGAUGUCUGUCGCGAGCUGUACGAAACUCGCAAAUCGGCGCAGGUGGAGGGCAUGCUGAAGGAGCGACAGACGCUUCACGACGGCAUCAAUGCGAUGCUGAGCAAGCGGCUGGGCUUUGUGGUGCCCGAACCGGAGCUGGGCAUUGUGUUCGCGAGGCAGACAUGCACAUAUGGUCUGCUGCCGUGGCAUGUGCGCUUCACUGAGUUUCACACGCAUCGCGGCGGACGCUAUUUUAAUGCCAAGUCCUUUGUUAAGAUACUUUAUAAAUAUGCCCGCUGCGAACAACGAUGGGGAAAAUAGUGUUUUAAGUGUGAAAGUGUCCUAAGUAGUUACUUAAUGUAAUUAUAAUAUUGUAUUUUAGUUUAAAAUUGUAUAAGACAAGAAAACGAAUCAAACUGCGCUACAAAUGUAAGGAAAAGUGAAAAGAAAAUCAUAAUACAUAAAUGUUUGUUAUUCAAAAACGAAAUGUAUUUGCCGAGAUUUACAAAUGAA